AUGGUUGAAUCCAAAGAUCUACCUUACGUUUUACAUGUCUCACAUGACAAUUCUUUGAGGGAACAUGAUCAAAACCAAGGGCUCGCCAUUGGGACCGAAUCAACCUUCAAUAUAGCCAUGGUUCAUUCUAAUCAAUUUGAUUCACCAAAACCAAUGGGUAGUAUGAGUGCAAACGAAGAUACCAUUAUGAAUCAACRUCAAACUAGUCAAAUAGUGAUGAAGACUGAUCAAAUUAAAAAGAACAAGAGAUUGCAGAUGAGAAGAGGAUGUAAACCCAUAAAAAGGGCUAGCAUCAUCAAAGGGCAAUGGACUUCUGAUGAAGAUAGUGAAGAAGAAGAUAGAAUCUUGAUCGAAACCCACAAAGAGAUUGGUAAUAGGUGGGCCGAGAUCGCUCGAAAACUACCAGGACGCACUGAAAAUACAAUCAAGAACCAUUGGAACGCGACUAAACGUCGACAACAUUCGAGGAGGACUAAGGGGAAAGAUGAAAUUUCUCUUGCACUUGGCAGCAACACUCUUCAAAACUACAUUAGAUCUGUUACCUACAACGAUGAUACCCUCGUGACUACAAUCUCUAACACAAAUGCAAAAGCUGGUCCAAAAAAAAAGAGARGUAAUGGUAAAGAUGUUAUUAUUGCAGUUUCAGAGUGCGGCAAAAACAAUGAUGAGAAUGAUUGCAAGUAUAUUGUUGAUGGUGUGAUGAACUUGKAUUUAGAAGAUGGAACACAGACGCCACCAUUAGCGGUAGAGCGUACAACAUGUGAGUCUAGAUCAUCAUCUACUUCUAGYUGUGUGUCCGGAUCCCGUGUAACUUCAGAGCUUGAUGAACCAAUGACAGAUAGUUGGAUGGUGAUGCAUGGGUGCGAUGAAGUCAUGAUGAACGAGAUUGCUUUACUAGAGAUGAUUGCUCAUGGACGUCUAUARAYCCAAAUAAAACAAGUCAAAGUUGAUUAUAUCUAUCUAUAUAAGUAUGCUCUAUAA